AUGUUGUUGUCGAGAUUGCUCCAGAGCAGCUUCUCUUUUAGAACAACGUCCAGCACUGAACGCCACACCUUCUCGAUCUCUUCGCUUGGAAUGCGGAUCACCACUCGACCACUGUUGUACAGAAGCGGCUCUUUCCUGUAUCGUGGAGAAAGCCCAAACUUGAAGAAAUGGACCCUUGACUCCCCGGUAGUUUCUGGUGGUUCUGUCGACAGCAACAGCUCGUCGCAGCUGUCAAGAAUCUUUAAUAGCUGUUUGGUCUUCCACACCUUAUCAAUGACCCGGUUCCGCAACUUGCCCCCAUCCUCGUCUUUUUUGGAAGCAAACUCGCCCCAAACGUUCCAGACCGAGUUCAGGUGCAGCUUGUUGGGUUUCUGCACCUCGAACGCCUCGAACUGCGUGCUGGACUCGGACUCGACGCCGAAAUUGGUCAUGAUCUUUGAACUGGCCGGGAAAACGGUCACGUUCGCCAGGUUGGGCGAGUCCGGUCUUCUAUUGAUGUUGUUUAUAGUGUCGUUCAGUCUCAACGACCGGAAAUUGAAGUUGGGCAACGGGUCCACCUGGUCACGGUAUAACGACCCUGUUUCGAGCUUAUCGUGGGCUUUGGCUUUGUCCUUUUUGCUAAAUAGUCGCGACAACGACCGACGAAGUCCCUUUUUCUCCUGUUUUGUCUCCUGCACCACGAGAUUCUCCUCGUUACCCUCGUUUGCAAACUCCUGCUCAAACAUCUGCUGGAUCGGCAGCGGCUUGUCCGAAACCUUCUGCUCCUGCUUGUUGUCUGGCCGCUUGAUCGUCAGAUAG